AUGGAUGGCGAAGAAGAGGCGACCUGGGCGGACUAUUCGUUCGUGGCGCCAUUUCUGGAAGUCCGCCGCAGCGGAAACGGGCGGGGCAUGUUCGUACGCGACCGUCCAGUGACGCGAGGCGAGGUGCUCGUCGUGUGGACCGGCCUCGCGGGGGUGCCCGACGAUGAGCACAGCUACGUGCUGCAGCUCCACGACGACAUCUACAUGAUACCGUUUGAGUACGGCCGGAGAGAACCCGCAGACUUUGUAAACCACUCAUGCAAUCCGAACGCUGGCCUUGCCGGUGAAGCGAUCCUCGUCGCCAUGAAGGACAUCGGUGUGGACGAGGGGUACGCAACCCUGGUGCCCGGCGCCUGGUACUCACCUGCGGCAGUGCAGGAGAUCACGUUCGACUACUCCAUGGCUGACAGCAGCGAAGUCGAUGAGUUCACCUGCAACUGCCACGCUCCGCAAUGCCGAGGUGUUGUGCGCGGCACCGACUGGAAGCAGCCUGCCCUGUGGGAGAAGUACGGCUCGCAUUGGUCUCCCUAUCUCUUGCAGAAGAUCGCGGUUCUACAGCAGGCACAGCAAGCCACCACCAGCAGCACCGGGGGCAAGGACUAG